AUGGGAGUACAGGGCCUCACGCCUUUCCUCCAGCGACAUUGCCCACAAGUCGUCAAAGAGCUUCCUGAACGUCUCCGCGACUUCGGUGGAAAGACAAUCGUCUUUGAUGGAACUCUUAUAACACAUCGGUUCCACUUUGCGCCACAUCCGCACCAAUACCGACACGUCUUGGGAUGGUACCGACUAAUUAACGAACUCAAGAACAAUGAUGUCAACGCAAUAUGUGUUUUCGACGGAGCGAGUCGUUCUGCUGCCAAAGUUCUCGAGGGAGAGAGGCGCCAAAGCGCUCGUCAGCUGACUCUUGCUCGAUGGACCAUGGAGGUCAAGCGACAGCAGCGCCUCCAAUCUCUCAGCAAAAUACUCAAGAAAUACCGAUCACUUAGUCUCCAAGAGCGUAGGGCUGCCUCUGCAGGACUCAUAUCCUCUAUAAGCGAGGCUAGCCGGAAAUCAAGACGGACAUUACCCUCCGUUCCGGACGAUUCGAUCAUAGAACAGGCGGAUGACAUAGCUGGUCAACCGGUCGGUCCUUGGCCUGCUGCAGAUGUAUAUGAGGAGGAAGAGCGCAUUCAUACGCGGAACGAAGACCAUUUACUACCUCAGCUGAGCAUGCAUGAAGGGGAUCCAGUGUUAUGGACCGACGAGCCUGUAAUUCUUGACCAGGACUUCACUGACCUAGAGCAUCGCGCACCACCUUCACUGAAGUAUGACCUAUCCGAGCAGCUCAGUGCUCUGUACGCAUCACACGAGACUUCCUCCAAAACAAUUCAAGCCAUAUCGGAGCCUACGCCAGCAGAACCAGAUGAAGCAUCGGAGUCCAAGAACCAGUUGGUGCUGACACGAGACGAAGGCCUUCUGUGGUCCGACAUACAAUCAGUGGUCACUAAUCCACGAGAUUUAACAACGCAUGUGUUACUUGGGGAUCUCCUCACGCGUAGCAAGAUCUUGUCGGAAAACUACGAGAGGCGUUGUAAACCUCCUACGCAAGAGACAUACGAGGAGAGUAAGAUGAUGCUUGAGGCGCUGGGAGUACCAACUAUCGAAUGUAAUGGUCCUUACGAGGCAGAAGGUCUCGCUUCUUCACUUGUCAGACAUGGACUUGCACACUUUGUAGCGAGUGAAGAUACAGACGUUCUUGUAUACGGUGCAACUCUCCUGCGUAACAUGACAUCCCGGCACGGCGCAAUAGUCGCUAUCUCCAGCGAAGAAGUCCGACGUGCACUUCGACUCUCUCGUGCAGCAUUCAUGGACUUCGCACUUCUCAUCGGAACGGACUUUUCCUCAAGACUACGCAACGUCGGACCAGUACGCGCUCUGAACUUCAUCUCUACGCACGCACGAAUCGAACAGAUCAUAAAGAAAGAAACUCGCUACACUCCUCCAGACAUCAAGACAUACCUCGCACAAAUCCGACGUGCACGACAAAUUUUUACUACACUUCCACCUGUUCCUCGGAAAGAACUCUUGGAGCCUGCUGAAGUUGACAAAGAGAGGGUCACUGAGCUGCUUCAUCGCUUUGGACUUUCCCGUGCAGCUACCGAUGCAGAUUGGGAUCCUCAGGCGUCACUGGCUGGAAACUACUUCUCCGACAGCCCUGUUGGCGAAGGCACGGUGGUUGGGGUGUCGGAGAUGCAUUUUUACUAA